AUAUCGAUGAGUGCGAUCGUGAUACGCAUGAAUGUGAUGGCAAUGCAACAUGUACAAAUACAAGAGGCGGUUACAACUGUACCUGUUAUAGCGGUUUCAGUGGCGACGGAUAUGUUUGUGAAGGUGAUGUAGUUUUUCUUCUUCGAAAAAUUGACACUUUGUACUACAAAUCUAAGAUCAAAUAAUAAAAUUUUGCAAUAUGGCUCGUUUUAGCCUGAAAUUUUUAAAUUAACAUGAGAAAUGAUGAAUCUUUUAUCAUUCAUUCUUCAUAAGGUUUACAGUAAUUCCACUGCCUCGUACCCAGGCGCUUACAUGAAGUAUUUAGGUAGGCAUCCGACGCGCGAAGGGGCUGUUGGGAAGGGUGCGUGCUGGGGAGCGCCUGGCAGUUCUUGUAUACUGUCAUGGCGGGAAAACAGGGAAUUUUAUACAAAAAGUUACCAUAUCGUCAUAUACUUUGUGUGUAAAACCUUACUUUGUGAUGAAGAGUUGAAUUGAACGCCAUUGGCAAAUAAUAAUACAUUUGUAGAUGUUCGAUGACAUGCAAAAUGCGCGAAAAAUUAUGAGUAAUUAACAUGACAAGUUAACCGUGCGAAUAUUUCGAAUAUGUCAUUCGAUAUUACAUGGAGAAUAAUAAAAUGCUAUCAGUUGCUCAGUUAGCAUAAAACAGUAACAGAGAAAUGAUUAGAAAGUCAUAUAAUUGCUUUUGUAUUAAUAAUUUCUUUAGCUGAAAGCUCAAUCAGUCGAUCACAAUGUCAAUGGCAAUUUCUAUUAAAUGUAUACUGUAAACAAAAGCCCAAGUAAAUAAAAGUUCACAGCCGGAAAGUUUGAAAUAUUUAUUACAAUAGUGCAAUUUUAUAGUCUGUACCUUUAUAUAGUUAUAGCUUACAAAUCUAGUUCCUGCAAGUAUAGUUCUUCAACGCUUCGGUUGUUGACAUGUUAAUAUUGGAAUUUCCAUGGACUUUAAGGGCAUAUAUAUGUCAUAUAUACCAAGAAUAACAGCAUGAAUUCACGCCCGAAUGACAGAAGAAUAUUAACAUUAGUCAAUUCAACAAAAACAAGUAGCAAAAAAUCGUAAACGACAACGAAAUAGCACAACUUGCAAGAAAUCGUACAAAUUUGCAAGAAAUCGACCAAGAACUGCCAGGCGUCUCGCAGUUCAAGUGCGCUCUUCCCAUCAGCCCCUUCGCCAUCUCUCCCCACUACAAUGCUUCAUGUAAACUCGUCAUAUGGUCAUCACUGUUUUUUUACAAAGAGACGCCUGGGUACGAGGCAGGUAAUUCCACGUUUCAUUUUAUGCGAAGAGUUCCCAAAUUUUUGAAAGAUUACGAUUACGUGCAUACAUGUACGUAGUUAUAAUAUCUAUAGGUAUAAGUAAUAAAUGGGAGCGAAAAGUAAAGCGGAUGGAUAACACGGGUUGUGGUCAUAAUUAGUAGCGGAUCCUGGAAAUUAAACAGAAUAUUUUAUUUAUAGGGCGGCCUAUUUUUCCCCCAAGCCAACGGCGCGGAGCGCCGUUCCGGGCGUAAGCCCGGGGCGAGGGUACUAAUUCCACCCGGCUAUUUACACUCGAUGAAAGGAGCGCACUAGCGAAGUCUAAAGUUCAUCAAAUAUCGCAGGUGCAUGGCUCACCGUUCAUGGGUGGUCAUCCUGACUGAUCUCCAAAUAUGUAGCGGACUGUCGUGAAUAGUGAACACUGAUUAGUCUAAUUUGAAAUUUGCAUUAUAACGACUGCAUGACAACAGCGAAAUAACAAACAUUUCUAUCAAGUUGGAUUUUUGCAAGUUUUUGUAAAUUUCAAAACCUUUCUGAGAACAAAAAAAUGUCUAAAAACGUCUAAAAGUAUGGAACAAAGUCGUCGACAUUAAUGAAGGUAAGUUUGUUUUUAAUAUUGAUGUAUUGUUUGUUUUGUAAUUACUUUAAAAACUGAUACAAUCGUUGCGUAUAUGAGUGUAAAAAGACAGCAUAUAAUUUUAGUGUAUUUGCUGACGCAGCGAGCGAGCCUGAAGCGAGCGAGCAAGUGAGCAGUUCUAAUUCGUAUUGGGCUCUGAAAGUAAGAUUUUACUUCCGUUUCUCCGACCAGAAUGCACUGCUGUUAACGGACCAGAAUGCAUUGCUGUUAGCCGACCAGAAUGCUUUGCAUGCUAUAAAUACGGGGAAUCUCAUUAGUCAGUUUGUACAAGCCGGUAACAAUGCAGUUCUUUUGGUGUAUUUUGUAUUUCAUUGUAUGCCUGGUCUGUUGACUUCUGGCUGGUCUUACACUAUAUAUAUAUAUAUAUAUAUAUACUAAAUUUGUUUAUUACAAACAAUUUAUAACGCUUAGAAAGCGAAUUUAUGCGUUUGACAAUGUGCUCUUCGCCUUAUUUUCUUUUGUCUUUUCUUAUUUCAUUUAGCACUUAGCAGUAAAAUCAACAUCGUAUUUGUACGUCUGAAAGCGUUCAUUUCAAGCAUUAAAAGCGAAUCAAUUAUUGUCCAUCAGUUUUACUUUGCUAUAAUUUAAACAGGGUUUAGGUUUUGGACCUUUUGUUUGAAUAUGAUUUGACAAUAAGGUAAUUGACACGGAGACAUGGCAUGAACAGUCCGGCAACUGCCAACUAUGUUUAUAGCAUGGCGUUUUAAAAGAACGAUGCUUUGCGUGCUAUUUUAUGGGUUAAUUGAAUGUAUUUGGCUGCCAAAAAGCACACUACACUAUACUCAGUGCAUACACAACACAACUUAAUUUAUGCAUGGCAUUGUUUAAGCAUGCAACGCAGCCAGGGGCAAGUCAGUAGGAUCGUGCAUGGAAUUGAAGUAUGUCCAUUGAAUAUUUUUUAUAAUUGAUCAUGCUUUUGUUAUGUUAGGCAUGUGUCGAAACAUUAAAGACAAUGUCCUUAACUCUACAGAUUGCAUCAAAAAACCUGGAAACCUUUGAAGUACAAUGUUUUUAGAAUUUGCAUGAUUCAGAACUAAUUGAUCCCAAGCAUGCGUAAACACAAUAGUUGACCCAUUCGCAGAAUCGCAGUCGAGCAGAUAAUUAGUUUUUUGCGUUACAAAUAAAUUUUUGUUAUUCUAACUUCUAUCAACGCGGUUAGUUAGAAUGUAUUUCCAAAUCCCAGGAGCAAAAUAAGUAGCACAAGCAUUGAAAUGCUGGUAAGCAGCAGAAUUAUGCAAAUUAUAGUGUUUCCAGGUUUUUUGAUACACCCUGUAGUUUUCAAAGUAACGUGGCUUUAAUUUGACGUCCUUGGAUGCAAGUUUUGCUCCAUGCACGUGUUUUAUAACGAUAAAGUUAGUGUUGAGCUUACUGUCAGUUACGAUGGGUUAGGAGCUCACGAGAUUGUAUUUAAACUGGGAUGCGUUGUUAAUUUGGAAAGAUGAGGCCGUUUUUCAUAUAUCGUCAAAUUAAGGAGCAAGCCAGAAUUUAUACUACUGAUAAGUAUACUAGUUGUAUUAAUUAUCCUUUCUUUUGUAUAUUAAAAUAUUUAAAUAAACGGAAAAGCAAUGUUAUUAUAUUUUCAUGCGAGAAUUUGAAAUCAGUUUAUUUCAAACUCAGUGUUUACCGAUAAUUCGAUAAAAGGCAGUUUAGUUUUAAGAACAUUUUGGAAGUUUUACACUUUACCGUAUCGGAGCAGUCGCUGAAUACAUACGCCAUCAAAACACACUAAUAAAAGAACGGAAAAACCGUCAGAACACACGCCAUCAAAUACUUGCGGUACGGUAAAGUGUAACGUUCCCAACAUUUUAAAACGUUUUGCGCGAAGCGUUUGUGGUUGAAUUAUACAUUAAAUUGAAGCGUAUAAUUAUUACGCAUAAUAACAUACGUAUAAUAACUAGCAUUUAAAUAUGUUUGGGAAAUUGAUCAUUUUGUAAUUAAAAGUGAUAUCUUGGGUGGAUUUUUCAAUUUUAAAACUAUUCUUAAAAUUAUCGUGUUACCACGACAACUACUUUCAAUACUUCAGUGUGACUUCAUGUUCAGAAAACAUGAUGGUUUUGUCAGUAAGGCGAGGGUUUCUGCAUGUAUGUAUUUUUUAGUUAUACCCAAUAAAGAUAAUACACGCAAGCGAGCGUUAGGUGACUUUUCCACAUAUAUCUGUGGUAGUAAUUUAGAAGUCCAAAAGUUUCUGUUUCCAAUUUUUAAAUCAUUUUCUACUGCAGAAAUUGACGAGUGUGCUGGUGAAAAUGAUUGUCAUGACAAUGCCAAUUGUACAAACACUAUUGGAUCUUACAACUGCUCCUGCAAUGAUGGUUUCGAAGGCAAUGGUACAUACUGCCAAGGUACUGUAUAGCAGACAUCGUAACCCCGUUACGUUUAUCUGGAAAUAUUUUCACAAUUUAAAGUGGUCAAAACUAACAUACAGCGUAUAACUAAUAUGAAAAAUAACUUUAAAAUGUAACAUAUUGUUCCACUUUUCAAUUUCCUCAAAAAGACCUGGGAAGUAUAGAUCAGCGAUGCGGGGAUGUCAAAUGACUGAAAAUAUAUUUGUCUGUUAGUACGCAAGACUAUGGUAGUUAACUUGCACUUCAAAGGUUUCAAUUUGGCUAUGCUAAUCAACACCUUGCCAUAGGCCACGACAAUGCAACUUAAGGGAUGUGUGACAUAUUUGUGAGGUCUGCCUUAUUUGGGCAAUUCAUGAGGUUUGUAAUUGGCUAAUUAUAUAAUUGAAAAUUUUUUUUCUCUCGUCACAACAACUACAGUAUAUAGUAAAAAUAGAAAAAUAUCUACUGUAUAAUGGUAAGUCAGAAUUGACCUUAUGUUACUUCUGAAUAUACUGUUCAUAUACAUAUUGAUGAAUGUGUUUCCGGAAGCAAUAAUUGUCAUGGUAAUGCGAUUUGUUAGCGCACUUGCGUUUCACCUCUAAGAUCGCUGGUUCAAAUCUCAAUGAGAAUUUCUCAAUGUGACUUGAACCCAGUCCUCAUGUGAAAAGAGUAAAAGUCAACGCUCUGCCGAAAGUCGUGGGUUUUUCUCCGUGUACUCCGGUUUCCUCCCACAGGGAAAGUUGACAGGGUGGGUUAGGCACAUAGGUCAGGUGGCUGAUCAUUAACGAGGUAGGGACUGUAAGAGAGGCUGCUUAGAGCUCCAUCUGUAAGCUUACAGUCUACCUUGGUCGGCUCUAAUGUAAUCAGUCACUGAAAAACCCUGAUAGGGGAGUCUGCUGGCUAAUAUAUGUAUGUAACUGUACCAAUAAAAUUGGUUCCUACACAUGUGAAUGUAAGGAAGGUUUUACCGAAAAUGGCGUAGAUUGUAAAGGCAGGACAAAAACUGGUUUUCUAACUUCAUUCUGAAGUCAUACAAGACGUCUUGAUUUCACAUGAUAGUGCAUGAGUCAUUUUACAGAACCUGAGAUCUUUCAUAUCGUAUUAAUGAGUUUUAGCUCUCAAUGUGUGGUAAACCUUCUUUUCCCGGUAUUUUCGCUUGUUUUCCAACGUGCUGGUUCUUUUAUGCACUUCGCUAGAGUGGUAGCCUGACAUAACUUAGUCUAACUAUAUCAGUCGCUCCAGUGUAACUUUGUUUUAUAUUUCUCGCUCUUCACUCUUAUAUUUCUCAAUACAUUGUACACAUGUGGUCCUCUUAUUGGAGAUGUGAUUUUGAUUAAAAAUUGAGUGCGUCCGUAACCUCUCUUUUGUCUUAUAAUUGCUGGGGCUGAUUGUUAAUUUAAUUUAAUUUAUAAACUUUAAAAUCAACAAAACGAUUGAAGCGACAGACAAUCGGACUGGGGAGUCCCUAAUUAAGUCCUACUACACAUUACAUUGACAUUGUGAAACAAUAAAGUCAGGGUUAAAAACUUUAACAAAGCUACAACACAAAAUUACAACACACGAUCAAUGAGUUCCAUACCAUCCUUACACUUUCAAAAACAUUGUACAGCAUUGACACAGUCACAGAAUAUAGUAAACAUCCUAAACAUGCAUGUGUUCCAAAUACGUUGUCCCUGCAUUUUCCAAAGAUAGCUAUGCUUUCAAGAAUUGUUCUCAUGUCGGCUUUUGAUUAUAAUUUAAUUUAUUUGAACGGACAGACACAAAAGGCAUUUUGGAAAUCCAAAGACAGCUUGCAACGCUCUCAACACUAAUAAAAAACAAGUUAUAGAACAAGAACAACAUUUAGAAAAAAUGGUUUUCGAUGUCCUUGGACGAUCAACGUCAAAGAAUGUUUAAAGUCGGCCGGUUGAUGCUUAAUGUUUAAUGUUUAAUGCUGGGUUAGCACUAGCCCUGGGUUGUACUUUUAACAACUACUAAUUAACAAUUGGACAACGAAGCCGGGUUGACUAUUCGCUCAGAGACAAGGAGGCUGAGUUGUCUAAAUAUUUUAGUACAUGUAUAAACCACGUAAAGAAAACUGGAUUUUUAAAUUGAUUUUUAUGUGAAAUAAUAACUUUGUAACGAAAUGAGCGGUUUAAAAAGCUUCCUUUGGCGACAUUUCGCCUCAGUCUUGUUGACAACUAAUCAGUGUUGCGACCUCCCAAGAAUGACUUGAAAAAUACGAGUUAUAAAAAAGUUAAAAAACCUGUGGUAUAAUAGUAAGGCUAGGGGUCGGCAUACCAGCUAAAAGUUUGGCAAAUUAAAAAAAGGAACUAUAAUACAAAAUUGUUUUCUUUUUCUUCAGACCUUUGUCAAGUACCAAUUCUCUAUUAUGCUAACAGUUCUACAAUUGACACUUACAACACCAAGGCCGGUGAUCUUUCAUCAAACUUUUUCUUGAGAUCUCCUGACGCUCAACUGGUCUACGACAAACAUAAUCGUCAAAUUUUAAUGUAUGCAUCAGGCACAACUUUAUCCAGAGUAACUUUGGAUGGCUCUAAUAUAACAACCUUGGCGACAGAUGAAGAGCAUAUUCGACGGUUUACAUAUGAUGGUCGUCGUAAUAUUAUCUAUUAUAUUCAUGAUGCAAGAGAUGCUAUACAUAUGUUAAACCUAACAAAUAUGCAGGAUAAUGAAAUUGGUGCUUUGGCUCUUAUUUCCAACAUUCAAGAUCUUGACAUUGAUGUAUUGAAUGA